UGUACUUGCGCAGUACAUAGUGGCCGGGUGACCCUGAGUUGCUCUCUUCGGUUUCUCGCGCAGCGGAGAUAGUGGAUCAGGAUGUGGUACGAAAUCCUCCCCGGUUACGCUAUCAUGACCGCUUGUCUAAUGGUGCCGGGACUGGCUACCGCCUGGAUCCAUCGAUUCACUAAUGGGGGCAAGGAGAAGAGAAUUGCUCGUUUUGACUAUCAAUGGUAUCUCAUGGAGAGGGAUAAAAGAGUUUCUGGGAAACAUUUGUAUUACAAAUCAAAGGGGUUGGAAAAUAUUGAUUGAACCAUAAAAACGAAAGAAGAUGUGUAACGAAAAAUUUAACUAUUUGUUUUCAUUUAAUAAAAUAAUAAAUAUUU